AUGGAUGAAGGUACAGAAAUUUCAAGUGAUGGAAAUUCCUUAAUUAAGGCAGUCCAUCAGAGCCGGCUUCGCCUCACAAGACUUUUGCUAGAAGGUGGUGCCUACAUUAAUGAGAGUAAUGACCGUGGGGAAACGCCUUUGAUGAUUGCUUGUAAGACCAAACAUAUUGAUCACCAAAGUGUCAGUAAAGCCAAAAUGGUUAAAUACCUGUUAGAGAACAAUGCCGAUCCCAACAUACAGGACAAAUCUGGGAAAACUGCUUUGAUGCAUGCUUGCUUAGAAAAAGCUGGUCCUGAAGUUGUUUCUUUGCUUCUAAAGAGUGGGGCUGACCUCAGCUUGCAAGACCAUUCUAGUUAUUCGGCUCUUGUUUAUGCUAUAAAUUCAGAAGAUAGAGAGACCCUGAAAGUUCUACUUAGUGCUUGCAAGGAUAAAGGGAAAGAGGUCAUCAUCAUAACAACAGCGAAAUCACCCUCUGGGAGGCACACUACCAAACAGUACUUAAAUAUGCCUCCUGCGGAAAUAGAUGGGUUUCCUUCCCCAGCUACUUGCACCACACCUUCAGAAAUAGACAUCAAUACAGCCUCAUCACCACGUCCACAUUCUUCUGAAACUGAACUGACAUUUUUUGGCUUUAAAGAUCUGGAGUCCUAUGGAAGCAGUGAUGAUACUCAAGACACAGGCUCUCCUGGGAGGAAGCCUGCUAUGGCCCCUAAUGGGCCCAAGCUACCCCAGGCUCCACCCUGGAUCAAGAGUCCCCCAUCAUUAAUGCACCAGAACAGAGUGGCCUCUUUGCAAGAGGAACUACAGGAUAUUACUCCAGAGGAAGAACUGUCCUACAAAACCAAUGGGCUGGCACUUUCCAAGCGAUUCAUCACUAGGCACCAAAGCAUUGAUGUAAAAGAUACUGCACAUUUGCUAAGAGCCUUUGAUCAGGCCAACUCAAGAAAGAUGUCAUAUGAUGAAAUAAAUUAUCAGUCUUUUUUUUUAGAAGGAAAUCAGCAAUGCAUUGAAAUCCCUGUUGAUCAGGACCCAGAUUCUAACCAGACAAUAUUUGCUUCCACCUUAGGAAGCAUAGUUCAAAAAAGAAACUCAGGGAUGAAUCACUACAGCUCUGAUUCCCAGCUCUCAGCUGGUCUUACCUCUCCAACUUUAGAAGAUGGCAAAGCACUUAUAGGAAAGAAAAAGAUCCUCUCACCAUCCCCUUCCCUGUUGUCAGGGUCCAAAGAAUUGUUGGAGAAUAUCCCCCCCAGUACCCUGAGCAGGAGAAAUCAUGCAGUUUUAGAAAGGCGUGGUUCAGGAGCUUUCCCUCUAGAUCACAGUAUUACACAAACCAGACCAGGAUUUCUGCCACCCUUAAAUGUAAAUCCUUACCCUCCCAUCUCAGAUGUCAAUGUCAACAACAAGAUCUACAGCCUUCUUUCUUGUGGUCAGAAAAUGCUUAUUCCAACAGUUCCUAUAUUCCCUAAAGAAUUCAAAAGUAAAAAAAUGUUGUUAAGGAGACAAUCAUUGCAAACAGAACAAAUUAAGCAAUUAGUAAAUUUUUAA